AUGGCACCACAGUUUUUUGAUUUUCCUCAAGAUUAUAAUAUGUUAUACAAGUUAACAGACUAUCGGCACCCCAAGAGAUGGUCAAACUACAAAAAAACAGACUACAAAGAAAUACCAUACAAUAAGACUAAUCUACAUACAUCAAAGUCUGAAGACUGCAAAUAUCGAAUGGACGAGAAUCCACCAAGCAGUAAUUGGUUAGCAUUACUGGCUUUAUUACAUACCAGGGAGUUUACAUCUGUUGACUAUUGGCUCAACUUGAGCGUCGGAGACUCGCAUGGUAUCACAUGCUUAACCCUGUAUCAGUCCACAUGUUCGAAUGCCAUGAAAACGGAAAAGAUCUUGAAACGAACGAACGAAAAGCCGCUAGUUCAUACAUUCGUUUACUUUGUCACGAUAUCGUCCAUUCCUGCCUUUCGAUGCAAGUGGAGAGAUUUUGUCCAAGAAGACCUGAUUAUCGACCGACUUGGAACAGACAAAGAAUCCCGUGAAAUUCGAACGUACAAGAAGACGGGCGACUACGUUAGACCUAGACCAGCUAAGUUCAACGGAUGAAAUCGUCCACGCAUAUCUUUAUCAGAGAAGUGCAACAUACGGCCCGCGGAACCUUUUUACGUGGCCCGUAAGAGACUUCGUGUCGGUCAUCGGCACUUUCGACGUAGUGUUACGUGAUUACGUUACAGUGGGAUAUGAAAACUUGUCUUACAAGAAUUCAAAUUAAAAUGUCUACUAGCGAAAAGCAGUGAAUAUGAAUGGGGAAUGGAUAAAUUCCGGUUGAAAAUAACCGGCGAAAAGUGGUUCUGAAGAAGAAAUAUUUAGUCAUCAUGGACAAUCUCUCAAAAAACGUCGAAAUAGAACAAAAUUGCAAGAAAUAGUUGAUUCCAAACAGCCUACUAAUGGAAAGACUUGCUUAUUUGUACAUGAGCUAUAAGCUAUCUAUAUGUGCAUUACAUAACUCUGAAACGCCACGAAUGACAUCUCCUUUGGGAUCACGUACUGCUGUGAGCUGUUCUUCAAAUGAGGAUGACACUGUGGAGGACACAACAUUUAGCCAACGGCCAACAAAUGAUCACUUGCAAGAGCAACUUAGAGUUGCUAAAAACUUAAAACCUAAGAUUCAAUCUACGGACUGCAUCAUCAUAUGCUUGCUUGACAUUGGACUGGGGUUUUGAAAGUUUUUCAAAUCCCUCCGAGCCCUCAAGAGUCUCCG